AUGGUAUCUCAAAUUUUUUUUUUUAUUGAAAAUCUCUCUCUCCCCGCCUCAUUUUAUUUGUUUAUGUUCAUUAGCAUUUCAGUCGCUUCGUUCCGCAGCGCUUUAUUCCCUGUGGAUAAUAAACCUCAGCAUAUGCCAUCGAGACCUGACAGCGGUUGCUUUACUGCCGCGCUGUUUAUUGAUAUCUAUCUAUCUACUUAUCUACCUCAGUCUAUUGAUAUCUAUCUAUCUCAGUCUAUUGAUAGCUAUCUAUCUCAGUCUAUUGAUAUCUUUCUAUCUAUCUAUCUCAGUCUAUUGAUAUCUUUCUAUCUAUCUAUCUCAUCUAUUGAUAUCUAUCUAUCUCAGUCUAUUGAUAGCUAUCUAUCUCAUCUAUUGAUAUCUAUCUAUCUCUCUAUUGAUAGCUAUCUAUCUCACUAUCUAUCUCAGUCUAUUGAUAUCUUUCUAUCUAUCCAUCUCAGUCUAUUGAUAUCUAUCUAUCUCAGUCUAUUGAUAGCUAUCUAUCUCAGUCUAUUGAUAUCUUUCUAUCUAUCCAUCUCAUCUAUUGAUAGCUAUCUAUCUCAGUCUAUUGAUAUCUUUCUAUCUAUCUAUCUCUGUCUAUUGAUAGCCAUCUAUCUCAGUCUAUUGAUAUCUUUCGGUUCUCUCAUAGCGCAUUUACAUCUAUUAAUCUAUCUAUCAAUCUCUCUUCAGCCUGCUAUCUAUCUAUCUAUCUAUCUCUCACAUCUAUGUGCUCGCAACUGUGACUUCUACAACGCGGUUACCUCUCUCUCUCUCUCUCUCUUUCUCUCUCUCUCUCUCUCUCUCUCUGCCUCACACUCCCGGCUUACUACUAUCCAUUCAUUACUUCCUUCUUCCCUUUCCUUUCCAUACCUUCUCUCUAUCUCACUUUUUAAAAAAAAACCUGACCCUCCGUCACUUUUCUUAUUCCCCUCCUUCUAUCUUGCUCUCUCUCUCUCUCUCACUCUCUCUCUCUCUUGUUAA